AUUUUAUAUAAAAUAAGAGAUAUAAACUAGAAACAUAAGGUUAAUUAUACAUAUGUUCGGUUAUCUUCGGAUAUCCAUUCGGGUUCGGGUAUUAUCCGUUCGGGUUCGGGUAUCCAAUCUCUCCUUAUUCAAUACCCGUUCGGGUAUUUUGCUACUUCGGUUCGGAUUUCGGUUCGGUUAUCUUGCUUCUUCUGGAACAGCACAGGGGCCUUGGAGUUUAUAGAAAACAACAUGAAUAGUUUCAAUCUUCAUGAUCUAUUCUCUCAAUUGCCUAUCCUUUAUAGAUGAAGGGGAGUACCUUAGCCCUCCUUCGGUAUGUCUUGUUCCUUGGCUUCUCCUUGUUGGAAUUCUUUUUUCGGAUCGGGUUCGGGUGCCACUUCGGAUAUCGGGUAAAGUGCCCACCCCUACUCUUGCAAUUGCCUUACAACAAAGCAUUGUAUUUAGGGUAUAUGAGUAAAGAGCUGAGAAGCUUUUGUCUCCCAAUAAGCUUGCUCUGGUUUGGUCAAAGAUCGGUUCUUGCAUCUUUGAAGCCACGAAGAUUCCUUUGCCAGAGCAAUGAGUUCGUUCAUGAGCUUCUUAGAGGUGUGCGCCAGCAUUUUGAUAGGUUCAUCAAAGACCUAAAGGUAUGGACUUUUUGAGUCAACCUAAAUUUCCUCUCUAGUGUUUCCGCUUCGUGCUCAGUGUCAUUUUAUUUAAUAACGCAGCCUGGUGAUUUAGAAAAGGCGCAACUUGGACUUAGCUCACAGCUACAGCAGAGCAAAAGUGAAGUUCAAUUUUAACCGUGUGGACGACAUGGUUAUUCAAGCCAUUUUCCUUCUCGACACGCUUGCCAAGGAUAUCAACUCAUUUGACAUGAGAGUCAGAGAAUUGUACUCGUGGCACUUCCCUGAGCUAGUUAAAAUAGUCAACGACAACUACCUUUGCGCCCGAGUUUCAAAAGUUAUUAAGGACAAGUCAAAGUUGUCCGAAGAGCACAUCCCUAUGCUUACUGAUAUCCUCGGGGAUGAAGAUAAGGCAAAAGAGGUCGUUGAAGCUGGCAAAGCAUCUAUGGGAUGAUGUGGAGGAACGACUAGAGUUUAAUGACAAAGGUGUUGCCCCACGUAAGAAUGUGGAUGUAAUGAAAGAAGUGUUGGAAAGUCAUGAGAAGAAAAGUAUCAUUUCACUUUGAUACCCCUUCUCUCUCUCUCUCUUAAGGGUUGAUGUUAAGCUGUUUGUUUGAUGGGGUGUUUUCUCUUUAUUAGACGAGGGAGAAGUAAAAGCAGUGGAAGCCUCAGAGAAGAAAAAGAAGAAAGAGAAGAGAAAGACAGAGGAGAAGGAUGAGGGAGAAGAUGGGGAGAAAUCAAAUAAAAAGAAGAAGAAGAUGGGGCUAGUCCAUUUUGUUAGGGCUUAUAAAAAAAAACUAAGUCACAAGAUGAUGAAUAGACCCAAGACAGGUUUCUGUAAUGUAGUAGUUUUUUUUCCCUCAUGCCAAGCUUUUAUUUUAAUUUAAUAACAAAUUGGAUUAACCAUAUCAGA